UGAAAAAUUCGUUCCGAUAUGGACUGCCAGUAUAAUGCUACAGUACCCUAGGGAAAUAUAUGACGUCAUAAAUCACCGCCAUUUUUGCACUGUGAGCGCUGGCAUUUUCGAGGUAAGGUACUCGCAGUGCUUUGGUCACGUGAUCACAAAAGUGUCGAGAGUUGUAUGUAGUUAUAUAACACCAGUUAUUUAUUUACAAAUAGAAGUUUGUGGUUAAAUAAAAACAAAAAUGGAAAAGUUAGUGAUGUUACAUUUAUUAGAAUGUGAAUCUAAUAAAACAUACUCGCUCAAAGUUACGCCCGAAAUAUAUGAUCGUGCAAAGAUUGGUAAUCGCGUUCAAAAGAAACAGCUUCGGUAGAUAACGAUAAAUAAAUUUAAAUUAAGAAUAGUGUUAAAAAUUUCAAUAAAAAAAGUGAAGUACACAAUUGGACCAAGUCGGAGGUUUUACUUCUAAUUGCGAGUUAUAAAGAACACCAAUUGGAAUUUUUGGAUGAAAAUGCUUGCAAAGCUGAUGUAUGGUCGAAAGUAAUUAAUCAUAUGACGGUUGCACUUGCUGAGCACGAUUUAUCACCUAUUGAUAUCAAAAAAUGUAAAACAAAAAUGGAAGCACUGAAACGGCAUUAUAAAGGUCUUAAAGAUAAUAAUAAAAAGUCUGGGAACCAAAAAAUUACUUGGCCUUACUAUGAUGAAACGGAAGAACUAUUUGGUGAGCAGCCAUGGAUUAAACCGUUGUCCACUGCAGGUUCUAACAUUGAAAACACAAUGGAUUCUGAAGUUAUAAACCCACCAUCGAAACGCCAAAAAAAGUUGGCAGAUUAUUGUGAACAAUUACUAGAAAAAAAAAAAAGAGAAUCGUGCAAUUCGCAUACAACAUCACCAAGAAAAAAUCGCUGCUACAAAUCAAUUAACGGAUGUUCUAAGAGAGCUUAUAGGUCAUGCAACACAAAAACGGCAAAGUUGAUUAUAUUUAAAACUAAGUAACUUUAGUGCAAAUAUUUUUUAUGAUUAUUUUAAUAUGAUUAAAAAUGUUACAGACAAUUUAUAUUUUUAGAACGUGCAUGUUUACAUGUCUAAGUAAUACCA